AUGUCGCCUGCCGCUGCAGUCUCUGCUGCCGAACAUGGUCACGUUCGCUUCAUCCCCCUGAAAUACGACAACAGUGACUCUCAACGCUCGGCAAUGAAACUCAUCCUCACGCUGUUUCCUCACUGGGCCGAGGACGAACCUCACAUCGAUUUUGUCCGUUUCACCGACGGCAUCACCAACACCUUGCUCAAGGCAGUCAACCGCCGUCCGGGGCUCACCAAGGCUGACAUCGACAAGGAUGCUGUCCUGCUCCGAGCCUACGGAAACGGUACCGAUGUCCUUAUCGAUCGUGAGCGUGAGGCAGCAAACCAUGAACUCCUCAUGAGAUACCACCUGGCUCCUCAGCUGCUGGCUCGAUUUGGCAACGGCAUGCUCUACCGCUUCAUCCCAGGCGCGGUCGCUCAGCCCAAAGAUCUGGCCGAUCCUCUCAUCCUCAAGGCUAUUGCUCGACGACUAGCCCAGUGGCAUGCCACUGUGCCAUGUAUCCCAGACUCGUCCCUUCGGCGAAACAGCUCCACUAACGGCGACGCCAAUAAUCAUGCCCUCCUGCUGAACGCCGCCGCCGGAAAGCCUAUCCCCAAUGUCUGGACGACGAUGCAGAAGUGGAUCUUGGCCUUGCCUACAGACACAGAGUCGCGUCGUGAGAGACGAGCUCUGCUGCAGGAAGAGCUUGAAAACAUGGUCAAGCGUCUUGCCCACCGCCCUGGAUUGGGUAACAAUGGGCUGGUAUUUGCUCACUGCGAUCUCCUCUGCGCCAAUGUAAUUAUUCAUCGAGAUGGCAGCACGGAGCCGUCCGUUAGCUUCAUUGACUACGAGUAUGGAACUCCAUCGCCGGUUGCCUUUGACAUUUCAAACCACUUUGCCGAAUGGGUGGGCUACAAUUGCGACUAUGCCGCCAUUCCCACCAAAUUUCAGCGUCUUGCAUUCAUCCGAGAGUACAUUGCCUCAUACGCUAAAUUGUCUGGCGAGGCAAUGGACGAGGAAGAAGAGACUCGGAAGCUGAUGGAGGAAGUGGAUGUGUUCCGGGGUGUUCCCGGCUUCUUCUGGGGCAUCUGGUCCUUGAUCCAAGCCAUGAUCUCCCACAUCGACUUCGACUACGCCUCAUACGCCGAGGAGAGGCUCGGCGAGUAUUGGGCCUUCAAGGCUGAAGAUGACGGCACCCGUGCAGCCUCCGGCAAGCAAAUACCCCUACGAGAAGAGAAAUGGGCGAGCAGCGAAUGA